AUGUGCUACUUUGAUCAGACACGCUGGAGUUGCGGUUACUGGCGCUGGGGACACUUCCGGCAGCAAUGCAAUAAAGAAUACCGAAUGGGCGAGACGUGCGGGCUCAAGCUUGUGUACGAGACAAAGGUAGAAGGGGACGUGUGUAAGUUGUGUCAUGACAUGGAGAAGAAGCAGCGUCGUUACGACAAGAUGUACCGGGAUGUGCAGCGUUGGCAGCGAGAAGGCAACCGAAACGCAACCAUAGAGCGGACAUGUGCCGAGAUGCAAGAGGUGCUUGGGCAGAUCUACCGGAUGCGGGAAGAGCACGAACACAGACUACAGUCUCUUGGACAGUAA